CUGAUCUCGGCAUUCUGAUUUAAGUGUGUGUAAUCACUCAUCUCCAAAAUGGAGCCCAUGUUCUCAUUGAUUACAAGACCGCUCAUAACCACGACGUUAACCCGCUCGAUGAAAUGGAAAAUGAAUAUAAAACGGAACUGAAACGAACAGCGCUAGCCUCAAGGGAAGUCCCGUCAAAAAUCAUACGAGAAGUUUCAACGAGGCAUGAACCUAUCGUCCAGACCAGAUCAUCGACCCGGGCACAGAAAAUGAUGAUUUCUAGAAAAAGAGCCACCAUUAACGCUGGACUACGCGUGGUCGAACAGGACGGGGAAUUUGUUAUUCCUGACGAGUUGAAACAAACACUGGAUGGACAGCUUUUUUUUGCAGAAAUACAUCCACGACGAAAACAACCGAAUCAUGAUAUUCACUACGAUAUCAAAUCUUCGUCGCCUGGCUGCAUCACGAUAUUGGCUUGUUGACGGUACCUUUGCCACCGUGCCUCUACAGUGCCUCUCGGUGCAGUACCAGGAUCUCGACGCAGUGGUCCCGCUUGUGUUCAUGCUGUUAAGCAACAAAACACAAGAAAUAUACACAUGCGCCUUCGAAGCUUUACUGGAAAUUGCUCAGGAAGCUGAAAUCAACUUACAUCCGAGAUACGUUAUUGCUGACUUCGAGAAAGCAGUCGUUAACGUCGUAAAAGAAAUAUUUCCUGACGCUGAAUGUUACUUAUGCUAUUUUCACUUCGCGCAAAAUCUAAUCAAGCAACUGAGCUUUCGUGGAUUGAAAUCCAUGUACUCUAGUGACACGAACGUGUACAUGGCUGUCAAACGGCUACAGGCACUAUCGUUUCUGCCAUAUCCAAGAAUUUCCGCAGCGUUCGAAAGCGUCAAAGGCCACAUAACGCAAAAACUGGCUGGCUUUCUGGAGUACUUCAGCGUUACGUAUGUAUCAGGAUUGAACAACAACAAGCGGCCAACGUACCAUCCCGCGCUAUGGUCGAACUACAUUGCCGUGAAGGAGAAGUUGCCGCUGACAACGAAUUCACUGGAAGCGUGGCACCGGCGGUGGACAGAAGUUGUGGGGGACAAUCAUUUGUCCAUCACUAACAUAAUCAUAGAAUUGCGUAAGGAGCAGAAGGAAAUUGAAGGAAGGAUUUUGCGUAUUACGCAAGGUAAUAUUGCACAGGCAUCGCAAAAUUACCUUGACAAAAUCAAGGCAAUAUGCUUGAACGUCGAUAAUAUCACAAACGAAGAUUUUAUCGAACGCGUUGCUCUUCUGUUGUCAACGAAACAAAAGAGGGUGUGAACAAAAACCCCAAGUUUCGAUUUUUAUCACCAUUUAUUUUAUUGAUUUUAUAAGAUAAACUGUUUUUUUUGCCAUAUCGUUAUUGAUUAGAUAAAAGUACACAAAACAACAAUAUCACAGAAGAAAUGCGGGUAGAAAGAUCUAUCAUGAUUAUUUCUCUGUAAAAUUCUGAUAUCUUUUGCUUAGAAACAAAACAAAGCUGUAUUUGUUAUAAAUAAAGUCUUUCAUCGAUGAUUUCCUAAACAAA